GAAAAAAAAGUGGGACCCGGCGCGAAGCUCUUCCUCUACAUUGUGCUCUGGUUCCCUAGGGUUCAGGGGAAAACCCAGGAAUUUCAGUCGGAAAGAUGGCAUCGAAAGCCCUUUGUCAAAAUGGAACUACUUUGUUGAAGCGGCUUUCAAACUCAUUGCUUCACCGAAGUUUGCAUUCGAAUCCCCAAACUGUUUCACCUGCCCUUGAAAUUGCUCCCAAGCUAUUCCCUUCCGUCUCCAAGCUCCCUACUUCUGUACACCUUCCACAAAAUGAGGCCGAUUCGCUGAAAAAGUUCGCCCCUGAAAGGUUUCUGUACCCUUGUGGCCUUCCCUCUCUCCGAUUCUUCUUACCUGAUGCAGGGGAUGCUGCUUCAUCAGAGAACCCAAUGCUUUUAUUCCCCAAAAGGACAUUCCAACCUAGCCUUAUCCGGCGAAAGAGGAAUCAUGGGUUUUUUGCUCGGAAGGCAACCAAGGGGGGCAGAAGAGUCAUUGCCAGAAGAAUAGCAAAAGGACGGUCAAGGAUUACAGCUUAGUAUUAUGGAAUCUGGGGCUGAAUAUUCACUCCUUGAGACUUAAAUGUGGAAUUAUGCUUGCGGUUUGUUGUGCAAUAUUUUAGGGAUAUAUGGUGUAUCGAGUUUUUGUAGAUUCACUUAAUAAUCCAAUAUGCAUGGUGGAGAUUUUUGUCAGUUGCAAAUGCUAAUGCAUUUUAGCUUUGCUAAUACUAGUCUGAAGUUUAGUGGGCA